AUGGAUAUGAAGACAACAAAAGCAUCUCAUGUCCUUACUGAUCCUACAUCUCCAAUAAGCAAGUCUAGACUUGGUGUACAUUCUAGCGCGAUGCCUUGCACACAGUCUGGGACGUCAUUUUCCUCCACUGUACUGACUGUACCAAAAAAAAAGCCGCCAAAGCUUGACGAUGUUCGUUGUAAUGGUUGGCUUGAAUCCAUGAAGUCUUCCUCGCCUCCUCAUAAGAAGACAGUUAAGGAUCCGUUUGCAGAGGUUUCUUCAGAAGAUGGCGAGAGUACUUAUCAGUCGUGGCAGCUCAAAUUCCCGUCUGCUCUGUCCUGCUUUGAGAAAAUUAGAGAAAGUGCGGGUGAUAAGAAGAUAGUUCUAUUUCUAGAUUAUGAUGGAACACUUUCUCCUAUUGUAGAUGACCCUGAUCGAGCUUUCAUGUCUUCUAAUAUGCGUUCUGCUGUUAAGAAUGCUGCAAAGCAUUUUCAAACUGCAAUUAUAAGUGGAAGAAGGCGUGAUAUGGUCUAUGAUUUGGUGGGAAUUACUGAACUUUACUAUGCUGGUAGUCAUGGAAUGGACAUCAGAUACCCGCUCCGGGACACAGCUGCAGUACCUGAUGACCAUAUCAAAUCUGAGAAACUUUCAGACCAGCAGGACAAGGAGUUUUGUCUCUUUCAGCCAGCUGGCGAAUAUCUGCCUAUGAUUGAAGAGGUUUUUAGAACCCUUGUCAAUCUUACCAAGGAUAUUAAUGGUGCAAAAGUGGAGAAUCACAAAUUUUGUGCUUCGGUACACUACCGAAACGUAGAUGAGAAGAGUUGGGGUACUGUUGCUCAGAUUGUCCAUGAUGUAUUGAAAGAUUACCCUCGCUUGCGACUCACUCACGGGCGGAAGGUUCUAGAGGUGCGCCCUGCAAUUGACUGGAAUAAAGGGAAAGCUGUCGAGUUUUUGCUUAAAUCAAUGAAUCUUGGUAAGAGUGAAGAUGUCCUUCCGAUAUACCUUGGAGAUGAUAGGACUGAUGAAGAUGCAUUUAAGGUAUUGAGACAGGGAAAUAGGGGGUAUGGAAUUCUGGUAUCUUCUAUCCCCAAAGAGAGCGCAGCCUCCUUCUCGCUCAAGGACCCCGAGGAGGUGAAGGAAUUUCUCAAGCGUCUCGUGAUGUGGAAGGAGGAAAGUAUGCAGCAGUCAAUGUGA